AGUAACCAAGCAAAGCUCAUCAGGGUCAAUACAGCCUGCCGAGGACACUAAGGAACUCACAAACAAAUCAACGAGGUGUUUUGCUUCUAAUCCUCCAAUGCCAGAAUCCAAUUCAUAAUUUUUUUCUAUAGUCAGCCGCAAUGAGAUCCUUAUAACUUCCUUGUGGUCACCAAGAAAAAGGUCAAAAUGGGUGCUGCCCAUUCCUCUUCUCUCUGCCUCUCUUCUCCUACCACUACUAAAAUCACUCAUUGCUGCCCUUUUCAUCACAUACCGAAACCGAGUUCAAACUCUUCUUCCAUUCCCAUCAUUCAGUUUCAUCUGCAGAAACCCACUAGCAAUUUUAUUUCGCAACACCAUUAUUCACCUUGUUCUCCUUGUGCAUCUUCAAAGAUCGUGCCUUUGAGGUGCGCAAGAGUCGGGUUGAUGGAGACCCAAGAAGGAAGUGGUUCAAAACCCGUAAUUGAUAUUCAAGGCAUCGACGAAGAAUUGGUUGAAAAGAUAAUCUACGAUGCGCUUCUUUGGAGUUCUCUCCAUGGCCUUGUCGUUGGGGACAAAAGUGUACAGAGAUCAGGAAAAGUACCCGGUGUGGGGAUGGUACAUGCUCCAUUUGCCUUGCUGCCAGUGGCAUUCCCAGAAAAUCACUGGAAGUUAGCAUGUGAGGUUGCGCCCAUAUUCAACGAACUCAUUGAUCGUGUGAGUUUGGAUGGAAAUUUUCUGCAGGACUCGUUAUCCAGAACAAAGAAAGUAGAUGUUUUCACAUCAAGACUUUUAGAUAUUCAUUCCAAGAUGCUAGAAAUGAACAAAAUAGAGGAAAUACGAUUGGGUUUACAUCGCUCUGAUUACAUGCUUGAUGAACAAACUAAAUUACUCCUCCAAAUAGAGCUAAAUACAAUUUCAGCUUCAUUUCCUGGCCUCAGUUGUCUUGUCAGUGAGCUUCACAGGAGCUUGCUUAAGCAUUAUGGUGAACGCCUUGGAUUAGAUUUCAAAAGAAUACCAAGCAACACUACUGUUGAUCGGUUUGCUGAAGCUCUGGCCAAAGCUUGGACCGAGUAUAAUAACCCUAGAGCUGCAGUUAUGGUUGUUGUUCAGCCUGAGGAGCACAACAUGUAUGACCAACAUUGGCUUUUUGCUCCGUUGAAGGAAAAACACGAUGUAACAGCUAUUCGGAAAACAUUGGCAGAAAUUGAUAAAGAAGGGGAACUUCUACCAGAUGGAACGCUACUUGUAAAUGGACAAGCAGUUGCAGUGGUUUAUUUUAGAUCUGGGUAUGCACCAACUGAUUAUCCUUCAGAAGCAGAAUGGAGAGCUAGGCUACUCAUGGAGAAGUCAUCGGCCAUCAAGUGUCCAUCCAUAUCUUACCAUCUGGCAGGCACCAAGAAGAUUCAACAAGAGCUUGCAAAGCCUAAUGUUCUUGAGAGAUUUCUUGAGAAUAAGGAUGAUAUCGCCAAGUUGCAAAAAUGCUUUGCUGGCUUGUGGAGUUUGGAUGACUCAGAUAUUGUCAAAAAAGCCAUUGAGAGACCUGAGUUGUUUGUGAUGAAGCCCCAAAGAGAAGGCGGAGGGAACAAUAUAUAUGGGGACGAUGUGAAGGAAAACCUUCGAAGGUUGCAGAGGGAACGAACUGAAGAAAAUGCUGCUUACAUCCUUAUGCAACGUAUUUUUCCAAUUGUUUCCCCAGUGUUUUUGGUGCGCAAUGGCAUUUGUCAUAAAGAUCAUGCAGUAUCAGAACUAGGAGUAUAUGGCGCUUACUUGAGGAACAAGGAUAAAGUUAUUGUAAAUGAGCAAAGCGGAUACUUGAUGCGGACAAAGGUCUCAUCAUCGAAUGAAGGUGGAGUUGCAGCUGGAUUUGCAGUCUUGGAUAGCAUGUACUUGAUUUGAUGGAGCAAAUGCUUUAUAAUUGACUCACAUGUGUUACAGUUCUGCAGCACACAAAUUUGAUAUAAAGGGGUUUUUCCUUGGCACUUCUUGAGAGGAAAUAUUGACAUGGAGGACUGACCUUUUGUUUUUAUUGUUUCAUUGACAAUGCAAAGUAAUUGUAAUGAUUUUUCAAUACUCCUGCUUUCAAGCAUUUCUUGUUGGGACUGUAUUGCCAAAUAAAAUUUGAAAAACUUGCUCUAA